AUGUCAGGAACAAUGAAAUCUCUCGUCGUUAACCCCGAUACCACAACUACAAUUUCAGAAAUACCAAUCCCAACACCAGGGCCCCAUGAAGUCCUUAUCAAAGUCGUGGUCGCCGGCUCCAAUCCAAAGGAUUGGAAACUUCCACUCUGGUGGAAUAAGUCCAUAAACACUGGUGAUGACUUUUCUGGGUAUGUUGAAUCUGUGGGGUCUGAGGUUUAUGAAUUCAAGAAAGGGGAUAGGGUCAUCGCCUAUCGUCAUUGGGAGAAUCCGUAUGGAAGUUAUGCGGAGUAUGCAAUUGCUUUCGACUUUAUGGUGGUGAAGUUGCCGGAGAAAGUUAGCUUUGAGGAGGCUGCAACUAUUCCUCUCGCAGCACUCACCGCUGUCGUGGCACUCUACCACACACUCCGUCUUCCACAUCCAUGGGUUCCAGCUACCAAACCGACCCCAUUAGUCAUCUAUGGUGCUGCUACAGCUGUGGGCGCAUUUGGUAUCAAGCUUGCUCGGCUUUCCAACAUUCAUCCGAUCAUUGGUGUCGUAGGUCGUGGCAAGGACUUCGCAGAAACCCUUAUUGAUCGAUCUAAGGCCGAUGAACUAGUCGACUAUAGAGAUGGAAAUGAAGCUGUUGUCAAGGGUAUCAAAGCUGCCUUAGAAAAGAACGGCUUUGACAGUGUCGAUUACGUCCUCGAUGCAGUUAGCGAGCAUGGUAGUGUUCUUGAUUCUGCGGCGGUAUUGAGCAAAACUGGUCAGAUUACUGGGGUCUUAGGAUUGGAACUUGAUCCCAAGGCAAAGAACUUGAGCAAAGACGUCAACUGGGUUCGAACAAGCGUUGGAUGGGUAUUUCAAAAUAAUUGGGAAGAAGGGAGUGAAGAGGCAAAGCAAGGGGUGAGCGUUGCAACUACUGGAAGGGAGAUUGGAUUUUUGUUUUUGAGGUGGCUCGUUAGAGGAUUAGAUGAAGGCUGGUUCCAGGGGCACCCCUAUGAGGUCAUUAAGGGCGGGUUGAAUGGGGUUAGUGGAGCGCUAAAGGAUUUGAAAGAGGGGAAGUCAAGUGCUGUGAAAUUUGUCUAUCGCCUUGAAGAUACUGAGUAG